ACCCAGGUGCUCCAGAGCAGAGUAACGCGGGCGGUGGUCGCGGGGAGGGGAAGGGGAGCCCCGGGAGACGGCAGCAGGAUGGGCGGGCGGCCCUCGAGCCCUCUGGAUAAGCAACAGCAGCAGCACCUAAGGGAUCAGAUGGACACCCUGCUAAGGAACUUCCUGCCCUGCUACCGUGGGCAGCUGGCAGCAUCAGUCCUUCGGCAGAUCUCCCGAGAGCUGGGCCCCCAGGAGCCGGCUGGAAGUCAGUUGCUACGAAGCAAAAAGCUGCCCCGAGUCCGUGAGCACCGAGGACCCCUGACCCAGCUUCGGGGCCACCCACUCCAGUGGCAGCCGAUCUUCUGUGUUCUGCGUGGGGACGGCCGCCUGGAGUGGUUCAGCCACAAGGAGGAAUAUGAAAACGGGAACCGCCCCCUUGGCUCCACAGCCCUGACGGGAUACACACUCCUGACUUCCCAGCGUGAAUAUCUCCACCUUUUGGAUGCUCUCUGCUCGGCCUCCUUGGGAGACAAUACUCAGGAAGAGCCUGACUCCCUCUUGGAAGUGCCUGUGAGGUUCCCCCUAUUCCUCCAGCACCCCUUCCGCCGGCACCUCUGCUUCUCUGCAGCCACCAGGGAGGCACAGCAUGCCUGGAGGCUGGCACUGCAGGGUGGUAUCCGGCUUCGGGGCACAGUCCUGCAGCGAAGCCAGGCCCCUGCUGCCCGGGCCUUCCUGGACGCCGUCCGACUCUACCGGCAGCACCAAGGCCACUUUGACGGCGACGACGUUACCCUAGGUUCAGACGCCGAGGUGCUGACCGCGGUGCUGAUGCGGGAACAACUUCCCACGCUGCGAGCCCAGACCCUUCCUGGCCUGCAGGGGGCCGGCCGCGCCCGCGCCUGGGCCUGGACCGAGCUUCUGGAGGCCGUUCACGCAGCUGUCCUGGCCGGGGCCUCCGCCGGGCUCCGCGCCUUCCAGCCCGAAAAAGACGAUCUGCUUGCGUCGCUGGAGAAGACGAUCCGCCCGGACGCGGACCAGCUGCUGCGGCUGCGGGCGAGCGUGGCUGGGCGGAUGCGGACGGAUAUCAAGGGACCGCUCGAGUUGUGCCUGCGCCGGCAUGUGGACCCGCAGCUGCCCCGGCUCGCUCAGACCCUGCUGGACACCGUGGAAGCCUUGCUCGAGGUGGUGCGGACCCUCCUGGCUCAAGGCGUGGACCGACUGUCCGGCCACCUGCGCCAGAGCCCCUCGGGCACGCGGUUGCGCAGGGAGAAUUGGAAAAGGCCCUUGGUGCCAGUGAUGUAUCCUGCACUCUGGAUGGCUGCUUGGAGGUCCCAUGGGAACAGGAGGAAGCAGAUGAGGAAACUGAGGCUGAGCGAGGAGGAGCGGCCUGUCCCAGGCAGCCAGGCUCUGGUGCCCAGAUCCAGCCACUCUGCCCACCACUUUCUCGAGGAACCCUCCACAGCUGAAUCUUCACCCGAAUCUAUCUUGUUUCUAUUGGAUAAAUGUCUACAAGCAGAAUUUUGGGGCCAAAAUGGAUGUGCCAUCUUUAGGCUUUUGUACCCACUGCCCCUCCAGAAAACUGUGCCAUUUCCUACUCCGAGCAGCAGCAUUUGUGUAUUUUUUCCAAGUCUUUUUUUUUUUGAGACAGAGUCUUGCUCUGUCGCCCAGGCUAGAGUGCAGUGGCAUGAUCUCGGCUCACUGUAACCUCUGCCUCAGCCUCCUGAAUAACUGGGAUUACAGGUGCCUGCUGCCAUGCCCAGUUAAUUUUUGUAUUUUAGUAGAGACGAGGUUUCACCAUGUUGGCCAGGAUGGUCUCAAACUCCUGUCCUCAAGUGAUCUGCCCGCCUCGGCCUCCCAAAGUGCUGGGAUUACAGGCAAGAGCCACCGAGCCCAGCCCAUUUUUUUUUCUAAUAAUAGAGACAGGGUCUCACUAUGUUGCCCAGGCUGGACUUGAACUCCCGAACUCAAGCAACCCUUCUGCCUCGGCCUCCCAAAGUGCUAGGAUUAUAGGAGUGAUCCACCCUGUCCAGCCUCCAAAUCCUUUCUCAACACGAGGACUUUUCAUAAAAAGAAAAAAACUAUGCCAAUUAGACAGACACAGAAAUCUCAUUCUUCUAUUUUGAAUUUCUUUGACUAAAUUGAACUUACAAAUAAGUUUAUUAUGGCCGGGCUCAGUGGCUGAUGCCUGUAAUCCCAGCACUUUGAGAGGCUGAGGCUGGCAGAUCACUUAAGCUCAGGAGUUCAAGACCAGCCUGGCUAACAUAGUGAGACCCCCCGCUCUCUACAAACAAAUACAAAAUUAAUAGCUGGGAGUGGUGGCUCAUGCCUGUAAUCCCAGCACUUUGGGAGGCUGAGACAGUUGAUCGCUUGAAGACAGGAGUUUGAGACCAGCCUGGGCAACAUGGCGAAACCCAUCUCUACUAAAAAUACAAAAAAAAAAAAGCUGAGCUGAGAUGGUAGAUUUAGCUAUUCACCUGAGCCUGGGAAGUCAAGGCUGCAGUGAGUGGUGAUUGUACCACUGCACCCCAGCCCGGGCCAUGGGGGUGAGACCCUGUCUCAAAAAACAAGAUCGAAUAUGUUGAUUAGCCGUUUGCAUGUCUGUCGUUUCGUUUUUUUAUUUUAGUGAAUUGCCUGUCCACAGCUUUAUUCUACUUUUCAGGAGUGUUUAGAUUAUUCUUAUUGAUAUCUAAUCACUUUUUUUAUCUGGAGGCUCUGAAGGCUUCGUGAUACAGCUUACAGAUUUUUUUUUUCUCGGCUUGCUGUGAGCUGUUUGGGUUUGUUUCCUAGCUGCAAAUCUUAACUUGGUAUCAAGUUUCCCGGCUGGGAGAGCAGUUUUUCCCGACCUCCCUCUGCUUGCCAGAAAAGUCAUCUGCUAAGUAGGUACUGGCAGGCUCUCCACUCUCACGAACAUUGCAGCUGCUUCCGGAGUGGGUUCCACAGGGAUUCCCCUGUGUUCUUGGUUCAGCUUACAGAGGGACUGUCACACUCCAUGGAGACAGUUUCCUCCCAUUCUGUUGGAGUUUUCAGCCUCCCCUAAGACAAUGAGCUAUUCCUGACCUUUCCAGCUAUUUCCCUCCAACCUCACCUUCCGAAAUACAUUUGCACUUCAGAGUCUACUUCAGCUGUCUUCCUUUUACCCUGGACGGGGUGAGACCGGAUGUAGAUGUUAAUUCUGGAACAAUUACAGCCUCAAGAAUUUGUCAUCUUGCUCCUUUUGAGAAAACCAUUGUUUGCCCUGGGGUCUUUUUCUUAAUAUGAAAAGAUCUUUCCUCGUCAA